CCUCCAUAUUCGCGUCGCACGCUUCGAUUUUCGCAGUACAUCGACUUGGCCCCGGUAGCUUUUCUUCCGUUCACUCCUACCUGACUACACAAUAAUGGGCCAGCAAGCUUCUGUUGCCCAACCCGGUACGAAGUUUCAGGUUAUCGGCGCUGGCCUCCCACGCACAGGCACUGCAUCUUUCAGUGAAGCUCUUCGGAUCUUGUUGAAUGGUCCAGUCUACCAUGGAGGCACGCAGGCUACCAAAGCUCCAGAGGCAGAGAUUCGCAGUUGGAUAAAGAUCUUGUCGCACUAUCCAGCCAAGUCACCGUCCGACAACCAAAUCAUCCAGGACAACUUGAGGCAUCGCUUGGACGGCUACGCAGCCGUAACCGACAUGCCUGCCGCAGGUCUGAUUACAGAACUUCUCGAGCUUUAUCCCGAUGCACUGGUGAUCGUCACUGUCAGGGAUCCAGACGCUUGGGUAAAGAGCAUGGAAACAGUGGCAAACGCGUCAACGCUAUGGUUCCUGCGGUUCGUCCUCUUCCCCAUAUCUGGGAUGCGAUAUUUUCCCGACUACAUCAAUGUGCUGCGAAAUCAGUGGGUCCACAACUACGGCGAAAAGGAACCAAUCUCUGCAAAGUCUCAUUUCAAUCACCUUGAUUAUUGCAAACGGAAUGUGCCUCCCGAGCGAUUGCUCUUUUACAACGUCAAAGAUGGCUGGGAGCCAUUGUGUAAAGCACUUGGUAAACCCGUUCCAGACAUUCCGUUUCCUAGGAUCAAUGAUGGGGAGGCGAUCGACCGUAUAGCAAAGGAGAUGAUUACGAAAGGAUUGGUUAGAUGGUUGGGUAUAUUUGUUACGCUUGGUGCUGUCACCGUGCCUUACUUAUAUUUCCGUCCUUGAUCCGCUGGGCGUUUGAACGUUGUCGGGCAAUUAAGAAAUGUGUUAAAACGCCAAAACUAUUUAUUCAAUGAUUCUAUUGUUAUUCCGAAAGCUAUUUGACUUUCCACUUGCUGAAGUACAAGUGUGAAUAUGAGAUAAGG